AUGAGCGAUGACGAGCGAAGUGGGUCGAGAGGUACUGCAACGCCUGAUUCUGGCUAUACGGCAAGUGUUACGUCGAUACCCGUCCGACCAGCACCGAAGACCCCCAAUGGCGAGUCGGGCCAACAUCGAAGGUCUUCCGGGUCAUUUGACCCAAAUCGGAUCGAGGAAGAAGGCGAAGAUGGCGAGGGAGCGAAUACAUUGGACAGUCCUGGCUUGCAAUAUCAUGCAUUCUCGGACAUUUCGAAGAAGUCGGACAAUCGAGCGUCGCACGCGACUACACACUCCACAGGAUCCGGAUCGUCAGGCGAACGCAAACACCGCUCGUCCAAUUCAUUGCCUGGCUCGGGAGGGCUCGGAGUACCACGAACCGGCCCGUCGCGACCACUAUCAGCAUAUACACUGAACACGGCAUAUACGCUUCAUGGCGAUCGAGGGCGAACCCUAUCGCCAUUGAGCGCACAUGAUUCCGAUUCUGCAUCACCGGCACGAAGUGGUCGCGAACUCUCGAACCGUAGACGCUCGCCGCUCCCCAGGCCGCAAAGCUAUGUAGAAUUGCUAGCGAACGUGCCCUAUAACCAGCAGGUCGCUCCCAAUGGUCAACUCAACAAUGCCGGCCUACAAUCAGUGGUGGGCAGCGCAGCGAGCCUACUUGAUGCCAAGAAGACUCUCGACAUGUAUCGAGCAAACGUCAAGAAGACUCAUGAUGCUGCGGUACAGUAUGAGUUUGCCAUCUUUAUGGUGAAUGCCGCUCGUGAUGCGACGCCAGAAGAUGGCUUGGAUCCGGCUGAGUUGACGAAUGAAGCCAAGCACAUCUUACAACGACUGUCAGAUCGAGCGUACCCAUUUGCACAAUAUUAUUUGGCAGACGGGUACUUCAGUGGACUCUUUAACAAAGGCAAAUCCGACUACGAUAAGGCGUUCCCACUUUUUGUUGCCGCGUCAAAACACGGACAUGCAGAGGCAGGGUAUCGUGCAGCCUUGUGCUACGAGUUUGGCUGGGGUUGUGCCAAGUCAUAUCCCAAGGCUGUACAGUUUUACAAAGCCAGUGCCUCGAAGAAUCAUCCCGGGGCUGCAACACGACUCGGACUUGCGCAAGUCAGAGGAGAUAUGGGCCUUGAUUUCAGGAUUAGGAAUGUGUUUCGAGAGGGUGUCAAGUGGUUGAAGCGCGCCUCGGAAAGUGCCGACCUCCAAUACAAUGCCGGACCUUUUGAGCUCGGACUGCUAUAUCUGAGUGGAAAUGGGGACGACAUCUUCAAGGACGAGGCGUAUGCGGCCCAACUCAUCACCCACGCUGCCGAAUUAGGUCACGUACAAGCCAAUUUCUUACUGGGCCAGGCGUAUGAGAAUGGACUGCAUGGCUUGCCGAGAGACGCGGCACUCAGUGUGCACUUUUACAAUGGAGCUGCGUCGCGCGGGCAUGUGGAAGGCAUGAUGGCUCUCUGUGCAUGGUAUAUGGUCGGCGCAGAACCCGUCCUCGAACGAGAUGAGGCUGAAGCCUACGCAUGGGCGAAAAUGGCUGCGGAGACAGAAAUGGGCAUCGGCUGCCGUCGCGACACGCUCCAAGCUAAUGUCUGGUACGUGCAAGCUGCAGACCACGGCAGCGACACUGCGAAACAACGUUUGGCGAUUAUCAGAGCUGCGGCGAGCGGCGAUCCGGGCAUACCGAUGAGUAGUGCUCCGCCGAAGAGUCGGGAUCUCGCCAGCGGUGGAAAGAAGAAGUGGGGGCUAUUCUAG